CUCGAAUACGAAAGUCUACCAAAUGUCCCUUUCAGUGAUAAUCCACCAGUUCUUCCCGAAUAAUCCUAGGGAGCACAACACCCUCGUAUUCAGAGCACGUGGUGCGUCCUAUCCUCAACAUCACCAAACCCCAGAAAUAACCCCCUGAAUUCCACUCACUAACUCACUCCACAAAUCCCAAUCCCAUCUCAAUUCACCAUGUCGGCCACCGACAACGAGCGCAUUUCCCUCCUCGGCUUCGGCCGCGCACUGGAUGACUACCCGCGACUCCUCACCCAGGGCGACGGCGCGAAAUGCCGGCGACUGCGGUUCCCGCACGCAAUUGAGGAUGCGUAUGACACCCAGGGUGUGUCGCAGCGGGAGCGACUCAUGAUGGAUAUCGUCAAUCAGAUUAGCGAUAAGCAGGGGUGGACGGAGAAGGUUUUUGAUGAGGAGAUUGUUGCCAAGUGGCGUGCUGAGGCUAUGGGUGAGGUUAAGGAGGGUGAAGAGGGCGAAAAAGAUGAGGAGGAGAAAGAUGAAGACAUGGAUGAGAACGUUGAGGAGAAUGAGAAAGAUGAAGAGGGUGAAGAGGAUGAGGAGGGCGAGGACUUGGUCGAGGAAUUGGUUCUGGAUCAUCUCACAGAGCCUAUGUUUUCUUACUGCAUCAAGGAGUUACGCGAUAAAGCAAAGCACUACGAAACCACGGAUUUUGUUUCGGUCUGGGACUGCGAGCUGGCGGUGGUCAAGUCCGACGACGCCAUACCAGAUACUCUACUGCAGGCACUGCAACAAGGCGCGCGAGUGCUGGAAGACGUACCAGACAACCAGAAAGACUGGCACCCAGGGUCAGACGGCAAAGUGCUCGAUCUGCUGCAUCCAUCGCUGUUCCCGCUAAUAUACGGCGUGUCCCGCGCGCUGCCCUACGGCACUGUACCCCUCGACGACUGCAUGAGGUUCAGCUGUGCCGGCGAGGUAGUCACUUCGGGCUUCAACGACGAUCCAAAGAAGAACCAGAGGUACAGCCAGCGGCACGCCUCUCUUAAAGAAUGGGGCGGUUUCCAGUGGUUGCCGUCCGAGGUGCGGUUUGCCGACGACGGACGCGCAGCUAUCACCAGCUACGUCAACAACCUGCACCCGGAUAAGCACCGCCCGCUGUAUCCCGUCCUCGAGCAGUUCGUGGACGCGGCAAUCCCGCUAUGGGACGAAUGUCUAUCGUGGUUCCGGCCGCGCAUGCGCCUAGAGCGUAUCAGGGGCAACGAUGAGCAGGACUACGAUGUCCCCGCGGACAUCACCUACACGCCUCUUGAGGAUGAAGCGGAGGGUGCAGAGAUCCGCCCCUACACGCUCGCCGAAAUCCGAGACGGCGAUUACGACUUCCAAUAUGAGGACAGUUUCCGGGAAUGGUUUAAAGAGAACCGUAUCCUCAAGCAGACUGCCAUACACGAGUUCCGGACCCGCCAGGAGCAACUCGCCGACCCCAAGCAUCUCCCCGUGCAGCUCAAGAAGGAUUUCGCAGCUGCUGGGCUGCAGGUUAUUUUCAAGCUGGCUAAUAUCCAUCUCACGCCGGAGAAACCCGAGUUCAAGGGCGGGUCGUGGCACGUCGAGGGCGCGCUGAACGAGCAUAUCUGUGCCACGGCGCUGUACUACUACGACGAAGAGAACAUCACACCGAGCCAUCUCGCUUUUCGCCAGGAGAUAGGCUAUGAUCUGAUCUCAAUCCCCGACCAGAACGAAUAUGCCUCCACCGAAGAAUUCUACGGUGUCGAGCAAGACGGCCCCCAAAUCCAACUCCUAGGCAGCGUCUACACAAGCCCCGGCCGCCUUCUCGCCUUCCCCAACGUCCUCCAGCACCAGGUGAAGCCCUUCUCGCUCGAAGACCCCACCAAACCAGGCCACCGCAAGAUCCUAGCCCUCUUCCUAGUCGACCCGUACAUCCGCAUCCUCUCAACGGCUAAUGUCGCCCCGCAGCGCCUGGACUGGUGGGCCGAACAAGUCCGCGCCUUGCCCCCGUUCAAUGCGCUACCGGUUGAGAUAUUCCAUAUGAUUGUGGAUCUGGUAGGGGGGCAGGGACAGGUGCCGCUUAGUUGGGAAGAGGCAGUUACCACGCGCCAGAAGUUGAUGGAUCAGCGGGGGGCGCUGGUGGAGCAUGCUAAUGAUGAAAUGGAAAAUAAUACAUUUUCUUUCUGUGAGCAUUAGCACAAUUGGCUGUGUUUCUUAAUAUUUCUACAGCGGGCGAAUCUAUGGACUACGAACGGUUUGGGCAUGGCGUUUCAUUUUCUGACCAUGAAUUCGCAGCUCAGAUGCCUAGGCCUCUGGGUAAAAAGUGAUCAAAUCCCUUGCCGGAUAUGCAUGUUCAUUUCGUUGAGAGUAAACUACAUAUGCCAGGGUAGAAUUGCAUGGCCUCUUCGGUCCUCGGCUUUUCUCUGUAUCGAACAGUAUACACCUGAUAAACUCAAUGUUUAC